GAAUAACGUUUAAGGUAAUAUUCAUUACUACGACUGUUUGCUUUUUUGUUUUAAUAAUCCCUUAGUAAUAAUCUUUUGUCUCUUGCAUGGUUCAUGCCUGGUAUUUGAAUCUUUAUAAUUUAGUAUGAUUUGACUAGUAUAUGAGCACUGGAAUUCAGUUGCUGGCCACAGGAUUUGGAUGAAUGUUCACUUGAACUGAUCUGACGAAUGAAGUGUACAACUUCUCUAAAGAAAUUCAGUCCUCACUGACGUUAUAAGUAGAAAGUAGUAAUGAUUGAUGAGGUCAUGAUGUAUGACUUCUUUUUUCAGUUUCCAAUAAUGUAUCACGAUUUUCCCUAGUAUAACCCACUGAUCUCCUGUAGGAUGUUGAAACGCCGAAAUCUGUUCAAUUGGUUCGGUUCAAACCUCAAUUGUGUUACAUAUGUAAAUUCAAUCCAUUCAGUUGUCUGUGCAAUAUCAGGCGGUGUAGACAGUGCUGUAUCUGCAUAUCUUCUCAAAAAGAAAGGAUUUCAAGUCAAAGGUGUAUUUAUGACUAACUGGGAUUCCUUGGAUGAAAAUACUGACUGUUCUUUAGACAAAGACCGUCAAGAUGCUCAGUUUGUUUGUGAUCAUUUGGGGAUACCUUUUUUCGAGAAGAAUUUUGUUAAAGAAUAUUGGAAUUACGUGUUUUUACCGCUUAUCAAGUCCUAUGAGCAGGGAGCUACACCAAAUCCAGAUAUAUUGUGUAAUAGAUUUGUAAAAUUCAAUUUGCUAACAAGGGCGGUGUUAAAAAGCAAGAACCAAUGCGCUAAUGAUGACGUUCAAGCAUCUUCAAAUUUGGCUGCAGACGCAAUUGCCACUGGCCAUUACUGUCAAAAUUCUUUUGGAAAUUAUCUGCAAUACCGAAAGGACAAUAUUGAAGCCAGAUUAUUACGUUCUGUUGAUAGAGUGAAAGACCAGACAUUUUGGCUAUCGACUAUUUCUCACAAAGAACUUCCAUAUUGUAUGUUUCCAGUUGGAGAUCUAUUAAAAACCCAAGUGAAACAAAUUGCUCAGGAUAUUGGCCUUUCUCGUAUAUACUCCAGACGUGAAAGUAUGGGAAUGUGUUUUAUUGGUAAAAGGCGGUUCUCAGAGUUUAUUGAUAAUUAUUUGGAACCAAAGCCUGGCGUUUAUAAAGAUCUUGAAACUGAUCAAGUUUUGGAAGAGCAUACAGGUGUACAUCAUUUUACUUUGGGUCAACGAAUUCCUAUUAAACGUUUUAAUGGACCUUAUUAUGUUAGUAAAAUGGAUUGUCACAAUCAAAUAAUUUAUUUAGUACGUGACCCAGCCCACCCAAGUUUGUUUAUGCGCAAGUGUUGGUGUGGUCCUGCAGUUUGGAUAAACUCUGAGCCAUUUUCAUCUAUAAACUCGAGGAAUAUUCAAUUCCAAUGGCAAAACAAAUGGCGUCCAGUUAACUGUAUUUUAAAACCGUUCAGUGACAUAUCUUUGGCGUCAGCUUACCUUAGGAAAGACAUGAAACGAUGUCUUUCUAGCUCAGACAAUGCAACACUCGCCAGUGUAAUCGAUGCAUCCAUUGAAGAUAACAGAGAGGUUGGACCAUGUUUAUCAAUUGAAUUAGAAGCGCCAAUGCGUUGUAUUGCACCGGGACAAUGGUGUGCAUUUUAUGAUAAUGACAUAUGUUUAGGUGGAGCAAUGAUAUGCGGUUCAAUAAGUCUUUGGGAAGAAGGGCAAAACACUUCAUAUCAUGAGUGGAAUCACAGCGACUACGAAUUGACAUAUGGUUAAAUUUAAGAACAACAUCUAUCCCUUUUAAAUUUGUAAAUAAUUUAGGAGACUAUGAGUCGGUCAGUUAAAGUUUUUUACAAGUUGAAUCAAUAAAUGAUGCUAUGAC